AUGGCCUUAAUUUUAAAUCAUUUGUCAAAAGCGCUGCAGCUGAAAACGCUCCAAAGAUCAAUUCAUGUGACAGCAGCGGUUGAAAAAUGUCGAGCAGGUCGUUACAGACCAACAAUGAGACGCACCAGAGCGCUGACUUACGAGAUGGCGCAAAAACCGUUUCAGCUUGUGAUGAGAAAAUCCUGGAACGUUUGGAAUACCUGUAAGUUUACUCAGAUAAUUGAUGGCAACAGACCCGCAGAAACAGCAGUGGAGGAUGAAUUCAUCCGGAGAUUCAUGGGUGGUACCUUUCACAACAUUUUCGUAUCUGAACUAAUCAUAAAACGGCAGCAUAAUAUCAUUAGGAUUGCUGGUAUCAUUGAUCGGAAAAUUUUGCCUAGAAAAUUAUACUUUUUAACUGGAUUUACCCAAGAACUUCUUAGCUACUGGCUUCAGUGCCCGACUUUAAUCUCUUACUUCAUAAUAUGCCUUUACAACUUAUUUAUUUUUAUUCAAUAUCCAACCAGGUCUCGCACAGCUUUUUGUACUUUUGCACUUUUUGCGAGUAUUUAUUACAUAUGUAUAAAUCAAUAUCAAAAACAAAUUUCAAUGACUCACAUCACUUGGUAA